UUCUAUACGCACAGAUAAGAUAUAAAACUCUCUCGCGGAACUAUAAUCGACGAGGAGAGUUUAUACAGCGAUGCGAGAAAAUACAGGCUCGAGCCGCUUCGUCAGUCGCCCCACCUUCCGUUAUACCUACAACGUACGUAUUCCGAGAAGCUCACCGCUCGCAAGCACGCAAGCUUCUCUCUCUCUCUCUCUCUCUCUCUCUGUCUUGAAUGAAAGGCGUCGCGCGAGCUUGCAAUUAAAGUGAGUCACGUGAAUGAGUUAUAGUAGAAGAAGCUCCCGGUUAACAAUCAGCGGGAAGGAAUAAGAGAGAGGGCAUAUAUAGCACAACAAGGAGCAAGCGAGAGAGAGCGCGUUAUACAGCAGCGCUUGGCGCGCCGAGCGCGAGAGGGCGGGAGAGAAAGAGAGAGAAAGAGAGAGAGAGAGAGAGAGAGAGAGAGAGAGAGAGAGAGUACACCAGCCGGUGUAUAUACACUCGGGGCCGAUGCGUCCGAGCAAACAGUCGACACGCGGCACUCGCAGAGCGCGUUCCAUCCACUCCACAUACACAAACACACACACACAUACACACAGACAGACAGACAGACAGAGUACACCCGUGUACCCGUUAAACGCUCGCAUAUAUAAACCGGUCAAUGCUGCAUCACAUCGUCUACAGUGAGAUGCGUCCUCGGCAGUGUGUGUCCCAUUAGAGUGCGAUAUCGCGAUGUACCGGUACAGCAGCAGAUCGGCGGUGCGCGAGGGAAAAAGAUGAGCCGCGAUAAGCUGCUGCAGCGCCGAUAAGCAUCAAGCAAAAGCGAGAGGCGGAUCGGUUAAGAUCGGCCGGCGAUCGGCUAUGGGCUGCAAGGAGUUGCAGCACGAGACUCGUCAACAGCAGCAGCAGCAGCAGCAGCAGCAGCAGAUCCUGAGCUCGGCCGACUUGCCGCCGGUACCACUGCUAAUCCUUCUGAUCGUCCUGCACGUCCUGGCUAACGCUGCCGAAUCGGCCCUCGUUGCGGUGCCGGAGAACGAUAUAGCGGCUAGUGUGCAGGACAUCAGGUCCAGCAUGGUCGAGGCUCUCGGACUGCGCAGGAUACCGGAUCCCAGUAAAGCGAACGUAAGUCAAGCCGAGUACGAGCGGGCGCACAGGGAGUACCUGACGAGGUUACGCCGCUCGGCCGAAGGAGACGCCCGGCAAAGGAGACUUUUUACAAUGUACGCCACGGAGGAGGAGCCGCCCACGCUUGCGACCAGGCGAGACGAGCCUGUCAGACUGAACUUCCCACUGUCCAUAGAGAAUAAGGAUAACGCUCUCGUCGAGUCGGCGACGUUGAGGCUACUGCUGGAGCACGAGGAGCCCGACGACGACGAGCUCGAGGUCAGGCUGUACAGGAGACGAAGAGGCUCGAGGCGACGACUCCUCACCAGGCAGCCGCUCAGACAAUUGGCCAGCCGAUUGCAGAGGCGAUGGCUCGAGUUAGAUAUCAGCGAGGAGGUCGCCGCUGCUCUGGGCGGCAGCGAGGAGCUCCAGCUGACGCUUCAACUGAUUAGACUGCAGAAAGGAGUACCCUCGCGCAACGUUCGCGCCAGCUCGGCCGCGUUGAACAUCCACGCCUUCUACCCGGACAACGACGACGAGAUCUGGCCGCACGAGCGAACGAAGCGCUCGGCUCGAGAGCAGCAGCAACUGAUGUCCCUUCAUCGCGGCCGUCGCACCGAGUGCCGGGGCGAGUCAAAGAAGUGCUGCCGACACCACAUGAGCGUCACCUUCAAGGACCUCGAGGGCUUCGACUUCAUAAUCCAGCCGAAGAACUUCGACGCCGGCUACUGCAAGGGUCGCUGUCCGCCCCGCUACAAUCCGGCGCACCAUCACGCGCUGCUCCAGAGCCUCAUCUGGAAGGAGGACCGGAAGAAGGCGCCGCGGCCCUGCUGCGCUCCCAGUAAGCUCGCUGAGCUCGAGAUCCUCUACUUCGACGAGAACGACGCAACGAAGCUCAAGGUCUCCAACUGGAAGGACAUGCGCGUCCUCGAGUGCGCUUGCUCCUGAGCGCCCGGGACGUUUAUACUGCGUUGCAGCGCACAUAUCACUUCCGUCCUCUUCUUUCUUCUUUCUUCAAAUUCUCAGCUCCUUGUAUGCUCGAUAAUUGAAUGUCCUUUGGUUUCUUCUCUUCCCGCCGCCGACGACGAUGACUGUAGUGCUCUUUCCCUCCUUCCUCUCCCCGUCCUCCUCCUCAGUGUGCGCCGUCGCCGCCGCCACCGCCGGUGUUUUUCAACUGUGAUAUUAUUAACAUAUUUAUUGUUUGCGCUAUGAUUUUUUUAAUUAAGAGUUUCUAUAUACUGUACGCAAUCAUUGUAUUAUAUGCUCCUCUACACCCCCACUCAUCUGUUACGUUAUUAUUCUGUACAUAUUAUUAUACGUACUACUGCCCGUGAGUUCUGUAUGAUGUGUGCCUCCUAUACUAUUGUAAUUUUAGACAUUCGACUCAUCUUCGACUCUUCAGUGACCAAGCCAUACGCCCUUUUUGUACAUUAUUAUCUCUCUCUCUCUCUCUCUCUCUCUCUCUCUCUCUCUCUCUCUCUCUCUCUCUCUCUCUCUCUCUCUCUCUCUCUAUCUCUCUCUCUCUCUUUACUCAUUCGCGAUGUAUAGACACUUGACAUUCGUGUAUGGACUUUUUUACACCGCGCUAUUAUUAGCUCGUAGCUCUAUGUAUGUGUAUCUAUAAAUAUAUGUCAAGCUUGCAUAUACUAUCAUUAUUAUUAUUACAUAUUAAAUAUACGUGUACGUCUAUAUUAUAAACUAUCAUCAUUAUAUUUAGUAAUUUAUUGAAUCAAAGUGUAGAUUGUACGAUAUUCAUUGCGUGUGUGGGUAUGCGUGUGCGCGUGUGUCGUAUAUUUUGUAAACGUGUCCGAUGGAGCACACAGGAUCGUUUUUUGUACAAUAAAAAGUCACGUUUUUGCGCACGAUUUGCCGAAAGACUUGAAGCCACGUGUGUCGACGAUUUUUUAUAACACGCGCAUAUUAUCGAGAUGUCAGCCAUUCUUGAAAUCCACAACAGACAGACGAAUAAAAGAUCCGAAAGCAAGAUGCAAAAAAAA